AUGGUGUUGAGGUGGUGCGUGUUUUUUCUAAUUUUCGGUGUUAGCGUAAUCCAUGCCCAGAAGCCGAAUAUUAUCAUAAUCAUGGCAGAUGAUAUGGGCUUCAAUGAUGUAGGAUUCCAUGGCAGUGAUGAAAUUCCAACCCCUAACAUAGAUGCCCUAGCCUACAAUGGAGUAAUUUUAAACACGCAUUACACUCAAUCAGCAUGUAGCCCUUCAAGAGCUGCUUUUCUCACUGGAAAAUAUCCCAUACACACAGGUAUGCAACACAAGGUCAUACUAGAGUCGGAACCUUGGGGACUUCCUCUAAAUGAAACGCUAAUGCCUCAACUUUUAAAACAGAACGGAUAUGUCACGCAUGCUGUGGGAAAGUGGCACUUGGGUUUUUUCAAAAAGGAAUACACACCUAUUUUUAGAGGAUUCGACACACAUUAUGGAUACUAUCUAAUGUUCCACGAUUACUACACACAUAUGACCAAAGCAGAUUAUGCCAACGAUACUGGUUACGACUUCAGAAGGAAUCUUGAUGUCGACUGGGACGCUAAAGGCAAGUACAGUACGACGCUAUUUACUAAUGAAGCUGUGAAAUUAAUACGUGAACAUGACACAAACAAUCCGAUGUUUUUAUAUUUGGCCCAUAUCGCACCGCAUACUGCAAACGAGGCUGAUCCACUGCAAGCACCUGAUGAAGAAAUUGCUAAAUUUGCUCAUAUUAAAGAUCCCAAACGACGUGUCUACGCAGCCAUGGUAUCCAUGUUGGAUCAAAGUGUUGGAACGGUGAUCGAGGCUUUACAAGGAAAGCAAAUGCUGCAAAACUCCGUGAUUCUCUUUCUUUCGGAUAACGGACCCACAAAAUACGGUUCGAGUUAUCCUCUCAAAGGGAUCAAAUACUCAUCAUGGGAAGGAGGUAACAGAAAUUUAGCAGCAAUAUGGAGUCCUCUUAUUCAAAAAUCCCAAAGAGUUUCCAAUCGUUUGAUGCAUAUCUCCGACUGGUUACCAACAUUCUACUCCAUAGCUGGUUUAAAUAAAACGCAAAUUCCAAAUAUCGAUGGCCAAGAUAUGUGGGAAUCGAUUUCCGAAGACAAGGAGAGCCCAAGAACAGAAAUGCUCUACAAUAUCGAUGAUGCCACUACUGGUUGGGAAGCAUGGGGAGCAAUCAGACAAGGUGACUGGAAAUAUAUAUACGGUUCUACGGGCAAUGAAAAGGAUUCGUGGUACGGAAAUGAUGGCAAAAGACCAGAAUAUUCUUACGACAUCAACCAAAUAUUAACUUCAAAAACAGCCGCAGCCUUCGCUGGACUAUUAACCUACCAACAGAUUAAAAUGGAGAGCACCAAAGAGGGGAAGGAACUCAAAAUAAUUGAUAAAAAUGAUAUUGAAAUGUUAAGAAUGCAAGCCACAGUUCGUUGCGGGCCGUUUAAUUUCGAAGAUCAACCAGAAGAAAAUAAAUGCAAUCUCAAAUCUCCGUGUUUGUUUAACAUAAAGGAAGAUCCUUGCGAAAGGAUAAAUCUAGCUUCCGCUAGACCGGACAUCUUAAAAAACCUAGAAACACUUCUUUUAGAUUAUAGGAAAAACAUGGUACCUGCCCUAAAUAAACCUCGAGACCCUAGAUCGAAUCCAAUCUAUUGGAAUAACACUUGGACCUACUGGCAAGACUACGAUCAAGUUGUUGGAAGCAGAGUAAUAAACAAUACAAUAAUAAACAGUACAGUAAUAAACAGUAAUAAACCUAUUUCGACGAUAAAUAUCAUUAUAAUUAUACUAUCCUCUAUAAUGAUACUCUUUAUGAUAUUUGGUUUAUCUAAACUAGCUGAUACCGAAGAAAACAGGAGAAAAAGGAAAGAACAGAAACGAAAAACAAAAGCGUUGUUAAGCAAUAAUAAUUAUUCUUAG